UUUUUUUAUAAAUAGAAAAAUCAAUUUCGCACGCAGCAGCAGCAAAGAGAGAGGGAGCCGAAGCUCUCUCCACACAAAUACACGCAAGGGCUCUCAGUGGCUCUCCGGCGUGGGUGUCUAUUAUAAUAUCCAGUGAGCAGAAGAGCGAGCGAGCGACUGGCCGAGUGCUCUCACUCUUUCUGCGAAAUAAUUGAAUAUAAUUCAAGUGUUUUUGUUGCACUAUUUGUUGUGCUUAUUAUUGUUAUUAUUUGUUUAAAUUACCAACAACAACAUAAACAACAUCGCGCGCGAUUUACCCACCUUCAAAUGCCAAAAACAUCGCCAUCAACAACAAAAGGAACUAAAAGUUAAAUUAGUGAAAAUUGAAUAAAACAGAAGGAAGAAUAGACGACAAACGUAAAUAAAAGACAGACAGAGCGCGAGGUGGAGAGUGACGAGUGGCAGACAGAGCGAAAGAGCAACGUGUCGAGCAACAAAUUAAUAAUAAAAAAAAAGAAACACAAAUUGAAAACAACAACAAAAGCAGAAACAGCAGCAGCAGCAGCGAUUCUGGAUUUCUAGAGGCAGCGGCACAUUCAAAAGAUGGGCUGUGGACAGAGCAAGAUACAUUUGUAUCCCAGGAAAUCGAAGAGUAAAGCGAACGGCAAGAAAGGAGGACAUGCCGACUCAGAUGCCGAAACGGACGAGGACGAAGGCCACAUCGAGGAUGCCGAGAAGGCACAGCAGCGCGACCGCGAGAAGCACGACGAGAGCGAGGAGCUAAGCAAUAAGGACAUCCAGGACAGCGACGAGGACGUGGCCGUCUCGCUGCUGCGCGCCAAGAACCUGUCGCUGCUCCAAAGCCAGGAAAUAUCAUCUAGCCAACAGAACUUCUUCCGCAUGCUGGACAAGAAGAUCGAUGAGGGUCCCGAUUACGACUCGGCCAGCGAGACGGAGAUCGCCUUGGAGGAGGCUCGACUGAACGCCCUGCGGCAGCACUGGGAGUCGGCCAGCAUCACGGCGUCCAUCUGCUCCUCGGCCAGUCGGUCGCUGCAGACGACUCCGAUCCGACAGGUGCAGGUGCCGCUGAAGCAGCCGCCCCGCGGAGCCGGCCUGCUGCUCCAGCCCUCCAGUGCGGCGGCGGUCACCGCCUCGUCCUCGACGAUAGUCACCCUGCCCACGACGGAGUAUCUACCUCAGCAUGUGAUGGCGGGGCGGCAGCAGCAGCAGCAACAGGCGGCGGUGCUCUACCAGCAGCAGCAGCAGCAACAACAGCAGCUGAUCCUCCUGCCCCAGCUGGAUCCCAUUGCUGUCAACACGUCCACGGCGGCAGCAGCGGCCCAGCUCGUCCAGCUGCAACAGCAGCAGCAUCAGCAGCAGCAGCAGCAACUCAAUCAGCAGCAACAGCAACUCUACCAGCAGCAACAGCAAUAUCUGCUGUCCCUUCCCGCCGGAACGAAGCCGCAGAGCGUCAGUCCGAAGCGCCUGAUCUACGGCAGUGCCGCUGCAGCUGGUCCGCCGCCGGGCAGUACCGCCUGUCCGCCGACGGCACCGCCUCCUUCCGUUCAGUAUAUUGCCGCCGGGUCGAGCGGCGGUUUCCUCAAUGGCGCCGGCGCCAUUUCCGGAAUCGCAGCGGGCCGAGGGCCGCUCCAACUAGCAUACUAUGGUGCCGCUCCCCCGAGCACUGCCCCCCCGACGGCGACGGCCAAUGUUCCCAACGCCCCCGAAACGUACGAACCGCCAACCGCUCCACACAGCCAAAGUCAGCAGCAGCAGCCGCCGCCGCCUCCGCCGGGCGCCUAUUACGGUGAGAUGAUGCACGGCGUUCAGGCCGCUCCGACGGCGGAAUACAAGUUCCCGCCGGCGAUCAGCGUGCAGCGACUGGCGCCGCAGGUGCAGCGGCAGCUGCGCGAGACGCAGGAACUCAUAAAAGACUCGUGCCCGCAGCUGUAUGCGGCGGGCUAUGGCAGCCCAGGACCACCGAUACGCAACCCCAGCAGGAACCCCACUAGAACUAGACCCACCCUGGAGACGCAGUUCUCGCAGGAACUCUCGUGAUAUCUAUAUAUGUAAACAGCCAGCCGACGGAGGAAGCACCCACAUUCAGACUCACACAGUCGGAGACAAACUGCAGCCAAAGAAGAAAGCUAAAAUUAACCAAAAUUAUAAACGAUGCCCAUGACAAAAACCAAAAAAAAAAAAAGAUCGAAGAAAAAGCCAAAAAAAAAAAAGAAGAAAAUCGAAGAAAAGAAAAUCAAUUAUGAAAUUGUAAAACUGCACUCAAUGUUUCAGACCCUCAGAACCCCCGGCGGGCAGAUCGAGCCCCCUAUAUGCGUACUACUUACAACAAACAAACACACGAUGAUGAUGAACAACUACUAAACCUAUGCGGAGCAACAAAUAAAGCAUUAAACUACACAAAUAUCCAAGAGGCAGCCAAAAAGAGACCGAUGAGGGAGGGAGGACGAGGGAGUCGAGUAGGAUAGGGAUAUAUAGCGAGUUGGAUCAGAAAGCGCAAGGUACAUAGAUUUAGGAAUCGAGUAUAACGUUAUAAUGCGAUAUAUAUGCAAAUGCCACAAAAGAGGACGCGGAGCAGGAUGUUAGAGCCCGAAACAAACAAGCAAACACAAAUCAUACAAAGUAAAUAAUAUAAAGUGUAACAAACAAACAAACAACAAAUGACUUCUACAUUCUCACGCAAUUUUGUUAGUCAUAAAAAUCUCAUGGUGUAAUUUUUUAAAGCAAAUAUUUUCCGUCAAAUUCUCGAAAUGGUGUAACGUUGAAGAUGAAAGGAUGUUCGUUGGAUAUGCAAUUAACGGAUGAAGCUGUCUAGUAAUAUUUGUAUAAUUUAGUUCUAUUUAUUAUUAUGAUAAUUUUGGAUGUAUAAUAGUUUUUCUUAUAUGGAUAUAUAUAUAUAUAUUAAAAAUGGAAAAUAAAAGCAAAUCAAUUAAGUUUAA